UAACUCUAACCUCUUCCCAUUACAUUUAUUUUCUAUCAUAUCUUUUAUUUAAACCCCUAAGAUACACCAUUCCAUAUAUCAUACAUAUAUAACAAACCCCUCUUAAAGAUACUCAUCACAUUUCCCAUUUCAUAUUUGUGUUAACCAAUUCAGGUGAAUUAAGCAAGAACAUUUUGAGAUGGAGAACUCCAACUAUGAAAACGGUUUCCAACAAAUUAAUGUGAAGCUAACAAGUGAACCAUCACUUGUUCCACCAUCAGAAGAAACAACAAAAGGAACAUACUUUCUAUCAAACCUUGAUCAAAACAUCGCGGUCAUUGUUCGAACCGUUUAUUGUUUCAAAAACAAAGACAAGGGAAACGAGGAUGCUUGUGAAGUGAUUAAGAAUGCACUGAAGGAUGUUCUUGUUCAUUAUUACCCUCUUGCUGGGAGAUUGAGCAUAAGCUCAGAGGGGAAACUGAUUGUGGAUUGUACUGGAGAAGGUGCUCUUUUUGUUGAAGCUGAAGCUAAUUGUUGUAUGGAGGAAAUUGGUGAUAUUACAAAACCUGAUCCUAGGACUCUUGGGAUGUUGGUUUAUGAUAUUCCUGAUGCUAAACAUAUUCUUCAGAUGCCUCCUUUGGUUGCUCAGGUAACUAAAUUCAAAUGUGGAGGUUUCGCUCUUGGACUAUGCAUGAAUCACUGCAUGUUUGAUGGAAUUGGAGCUAUGGAGUUUGUGAACUCAUGGGGAGAACAAGCAAGAGGUUUACCAAUCUCAAUCCCUCCGGUUCUCGACCGAAGCAUACUAAAGGCGCGCAAUCCACCAAGGAUUGAGCAUUUGCACCAAGAAUUCGCUGACAUCGAAGACAAAUCAAACACUAACAGCUUAUACGAAGACGAAAUGGUGUAUAGGUCAUUCUGUUUCGAUCCCGAAAAACUAAAAGAAUUGAAGAAAAAAGCCAUGGAGGAUGAAGAUGGUGUUCUUGAGUCUUGCACAACAUUUGAAGUGCUUUCAGCUUUUGUUUGGAUAGCUAGAACAAAAGCACUUAAGUUGCUUCCAGAGCAAGAAACAAAGCUUCUUUUUGCAGUUGAUGGAAGGGCAAAAUUUGAACCAAAACUCCCAAAAGGGUAUUUUGGGAAUGGAAUUGUGCUAACAAAAUCUGUUUGUAAAGCAGGUGAAAUUACAAACAAGCCCUUUUCAUAUACUGUGAAACUUAUUCAACAAGCAAUUAAGAUGGUGAAUGAUGGAUACAUGAGAUCAGCUAUUGAUUAUUUUGAGGUGACAAGAGCUAGGCCUUCUUUGGCUUGCACACUCUUGAUCACAACUUGGUCUAGGCUUUCUUUUCAUAUUACUGAUUUCGGUUGGGGCGAACCGGUCCUAUCGGGACCGGUUGGCUUGCCGGAGAAGGAAGUGAUUUUGUUCCUUUCACAUGGGCAGGAGAGGAGGAACAUCAAUGUGCUUCUUGGUUUGCCUGCUCCUGUCAUGAAGAUCUUUCAAGAUUUGAUGAAGAUUUAGGAUUUUAUUAUUAUGUUAUGUUACAUAUGAUUUGAUUAUGUUAUUAUUUACUAUAUGGUAUGUUAUUUCUUAAAGUGAGUAUUUAUUAUGUUUAAGAAUUUAUUGGUGAUACUGUUAGUCAAUAAUUAAUGUCCUUGUAUUAACAAUUUAUUUAUAUUAUUAUAUAAAUAUAUUUUUGA